AUGAGUACCGCGGAACGAUCUUUUACUACUUGGACCUCUGCUUGGGAGACCGACUCGUUACCAUGGUUGCCAACCGCUCAAGAAUUCAAUUUCAGGUCAAUGCCAGCUAUCCUUAGCAAUUUCACAUACUUGGAGUUUGACAAGAAGUUGAAUUACUUCCAGUACCAAGACAUUUCAGGGCACCUGAUAUCUGACCCACCGGUCAAGAAGGCCAUGCAAUGCGCCUUACAAUUAUGUGGCAAAACUUUCGUGACGCCUUAUUUUGGCAAUUUCACAGCAAGCGCCCUGACUGGGCCACAAGUUGGCCUCAACAUCAGCGCUAAGAGUACCAUAUUCGACAAUAAUUCGACCUUUUUCCUGGGCUUAGAACCGGAGAGCAUAAUUCCCACACUCACGAAUGUGAAGUUCAAUAUUGACAACUGUGAAUUCCGGAACCUCAUCAUGUUCAUGAGAUCCCUUUUCAUGGGAACCACAAAUAUUACUGAGGUUCUCGUGGGGUCGAAAGAUGCUUCUGUCCAUCCUGAGGAUCGCCAACAAUGGUCAAUAGCCACUAACGGAACGGCACUUAGUCAAUUCGAUGACAUGCCAGUGCUCAUGAAAGAAAUUGCGGAUAGCAUAACCGAGGAAUUCCGCAUUUCGUCUGGAACUUUGCCUACGAGCGGUGUGGCCUUGCAGAGCGAGGUAAUUAUAGCCAUCAAUUGGACGUGGCUGGCGCUUCCAAUAGCAGUGACGAGCCUUACGUUCUUCCUGCUUCUCACUGUUAUUCACGUAAACAAUAUGAGCGGCAUAUCUCCUUGGAAAAGCUCAAGUCUGGCAUUGUUGUUCCACGAAUUAGACGGCUGGGAUGAUAACCAGAAAUUGAUUCUUGAUGCGCCGGAUAAAGUGGAAGCGAGAGCGAAAGAGAUGAGAGCACAAGUCACUUACCAGAACGAUUUACUUCGAUUCUCUAAAGCUGAUUAA